AUCCAAACGACCAGGUGGACCUCCCAAACUGCGCUUGACAGGGAUAGAGCUCCCUCAACCUGGCUUCAGGCCUGCAGAGAGAGUCCAGGAGACAGGGCUUCGCCUGGCAAGGUAUUGUGAACGUUUUAAUGUUCCAUUUGAGUUUAAUGCUAUUGCACAGAAAUGGGAAACCGUCAAAGUUGAGGACUUGAAGAUACAGAAAAAUGAACUUCUUGUGGUGAAUUGUAUAUGUCGGUUUAAAAAUCUACUUGAUGAGACAGUAGUAUUGAAUAGUCCCAGGGAUGCUGUUUUAAAAUUAAUUAAGAAUGCAAAUCCCAAUAUCUUUAUACAUACUACUGUCAAUGGGAGCUAUAAUGCCCCAUUCUUUGUGACACGGUUCAAGGAGGCUCUUUUCCAUUACUCUACAAUGUUUGAUGUGCUUGACGUCAAUGUUGCUCGUGAAGAUCCAAUGAGGUUGAUGUUUGAGAAAGAGUUCUGGGGGCGGGAGGUAAUGAACACUAUAGCUUGUGAGGGUUCUGAGAGGGUUGAGAGGCCAGAGACAUACAAGCAAUGGCAGGUCCGGAACAUAAGGGCUGGAUUUAGGCAACUGCCCUUGGAUAAACAUCUCAUUAACAAGUUAAGAUGCAAGUUGAAAGAUGUGUAUCAUAGUGAUUUCAUGCUUGUUGAAGAUGGCAACUGCAUGCUGCAAGGUUGGAAGGGCCGAAUAGUGUACGCUUCAUCCUGUUGGGUACCUGCAUAGGCCUCGACAAUGCUUCUCAGGGAGUUUAGGAGUAGCAUUGCUUGAGUUUGUAGCAGGAAUCUGGCAAACAUAACUUGGACUUCUUAAUAGUUCUAGAAGCUGACCCCUGCCAAUGGAAUGGUAUAACACAGUUCAGUUUCAGUACCUGCAACAUUUUUAUUUGGUUAAGUUUGUGUAUAAUGUAACUAAUGCUAUGUAAAUGAUGUAUUUAGAUGCAUAUUAGUUUAACUUUUCCUGUAUUUGGCAGUCAUUAAAGAAGUGGAAUCUUGAGUAACAUGUAAGGUCUAAAAAUUGAGCUACCAUGAUAUAUUUUCUACUAAGUGUAUGUUUGGUUAUCAGUUGCAACGAGUAGAUGCAUGUCGAAAAAGGUCAAGCAUGAGUUUUCUUUUCUAAAUGGUGUUUGGGUGGUUGAAGAUAAAUCAAUUUCAACAACCCAAAAUCGAUUUCAACUGAAGCCAAUAUUCGUAGAUUUUCAUGGUGACUGCGCAAAUCGGUGCUUGCAAUUUUUUGUGGGAUUUGACAGUUAUUGAUGGAUAUAACAGUUACACAUCUUCUCUCUAUUCCUUUCUUGUCCUUGAUAAGUGUCAUCAAUAACUUCUACCAAUUUUGUGCUUUUUUACUAUUGGCAUCCCUAUGUCAUGAAUUCACCAACUUUCAAUCAUUGUUUUUGCAAAAUCCUCCAUUUGGUGAACUAUAAUUAAAUAUCAGAAUUUAUAUUACCAACUCUAUAUUACUGGCCUGAUAUGUAUUUGCUCUUAGAAGUUCUUUCAUUUUGCAACUAGUGGUAUUGGAGAGUUGCAGACAACAACUUCUUUAGAGGUAGGUAAACUUGAAAACUGCUCUGUUUAUAUUUUCUUCAUCUGUGAUAGUUUGCAAUAAUUUCUUUUUGGUGAUUGAUAAAGUGUAUUUUAUUUUAGGCUAAAUUGUGAUUUUUACCCCCUAAAUUUCAUAAUAGCAUUUUUGGUCUCCUAACUUUAGCCUCUUUUGCAAAAGGCUGGUCCCCAACUGAUUUGGCCUAGUCAACGCACACGUGAACAAUGACUCCAUAUCACGUCAGCAUGUCUUGCCGUCUAUGCAAUUAUUAAAAAACAAAAAUCAGCAUAAUUUAUACCUUCCAAAAAAAAAUUAGCAUAAUUUUUAAAGAAAAGCCAAUUUACCUAUUGUUGGUAAAAGAAACAAGUGUACCAAACCAUUUCAUUUGGUGGGGUAUCUAGAUGCUGUCUUCAAACAAAUCUAACAAACAUUGGAGACUUGUCUCACUCUUGACCACGUUGAAGAAGGAAAAAAGUUUUACCAACCGUAAAAAUGAUACACUGUACAUUGUUUGCCCAUCACGCCAAAUUCACAUGACUAUUGUCUUUGACUAUAGUAAUUUAGUGUCCACCUAUGUUUUAUCUUUUGACAACAUUGCCAUCAUGCUACUUCUUCGAAGAUCCGUGUAUUAUCCAUCUCAAAUAUUUGUAUUAUUAUAUGCUUUAGUCAAAGAUGCUAUAUGCUUUAGUCAAAGAGGCUGCUUCUCUAUAAAGAAUAAGCACCACAUCAUAACCAAACGAGAGCAUCUCUCUGAAUCUCCAAACUUCAAUAGAGCCCUUAUCUUGUAUCAAGCAACAACUCAGAAACAAAAAAGAUGGAUCCAAAUUUUCCUCAAGCUUUCAUAAAUGGUUACUACCACUUUGAUGAAGAAGGAAGCAUAGUGGUUUCUGGGUCUGAUCCAAAUCAGUAUGAUAGUUUCCAUGAUGCUGAUCCAAAUCAGUAUGAUAACUUCCUUGAUGCUGAUCCAAAUCAGUAUGAUAGCUUCCUUGAUGCUGAUCAACUUGGUUUUGCAGCCACCACUUUCCCUAUAGAAGGUUCUAUGGGCUUGGUGACAGAUCCUUCCCUUGAAGAUGCUGAUUUUUCUGAUACUGGAAAGUUCAUAAACCAAAUCCUGAUGGAAGAAAACCUUGACCAGAGACCAUUUUAUGAUCCACUUAGCUUGCAAAUCACAGAAAAAUCAUUCUAUGAUGCUCUCUUACACCAAAAUAAACCUCCUUCACCUAAUCAACAUCCCUUAGAUAUUCAUCACUCUGAUGGAACAAACAGCACCAGUAGUAACAACAAUAGCAAUAGUAAUAGUAGUAGCAGUGACGACUCUCGAGAGAUGAUACCCCUUUCCCCUGAUACUCCUGUUUCUGAUCUUGGUGAUCAUGUUUUUCAGUUUAACUCCCCUUCCAUUUCUCACACUUUCUCUCAACCUCAUUCUACUAGUGAUGCACUCAGAGAUUUGGAUUCUUCUAUUACAAAGAUGGCACAAAACAUUUUCACUGAUGUAGAUUCUGUUUCCCUAUUCAAGAAAAGUUUAGAAGAAGCCAACAAGUUUCUUCCUCCGCAGCCUCAACUCGUGACUGGUUUUGAAUCAUCCAAUUUUAAUAUGGUUGAGGAGAAAGAGAAACCGUUUGUGUUGAAGGGUAGAAAGAAUCACAAACGAGAAGAAAGUUAUAGUAACGAAGAAGACGAAGAAGCUGCUAGGAGAAGUAGCAAACAAUCAGCUAUUAGUGUUGUUGACGAGGAUGAAUUAUCAGAGAUGUUUGAUAAAGUUUUGCUUAAUGUCGAACAUUUGCCAUUAUGCAAGGGAAAUGAUUGCUCGCAGACUGGACAAGUGAAAACGGAGCAGUCGCCUCCAUCUAAUGGAGGGAAAGCUCGUCCUAAGAAAAAAGGCAAAAAAAAGGAUACAAUAGAUUUGAGGAAUCUUCUGCUUCUGUGUUCACAAUCUGUGUAUGCCAAUGACAACAGGAAUGCUAAUGAACUACUGAAGCAGAUUAGGCAACACUCUUCGGCCUUAGGAGAUGCAUCAGAGAGGGUGGCACAUUACUUUGCCAAUGGCCUUGAGGCACGCCUUGUUGGUAAUGGUACUAAUUCACAAGUGUUCUAUUCUUCGCCAAGUUCCAAGAGGAUCAGUACUGCUGAGUUUUUGAAAGCAUAUCAAGUUCAUCUAUCUAGUAGCCCAUUCAAAAAGUUUGCAUUCUUUUUUGCAAAUAAAAUGAUUAUGGAUGUUGCUGAAAAUGCUGAAACCCUUCAUAUCAUUGAUUUUGGUAUCCUAUAUGGUUUUCAGUGGCCAAUACUUAUUAAGUUUUUAGCAGAUAGAGAAGUUGGACCUCCAAAGCUGAGGAUCACCGGGAUAGAGUUCCCUUUGCCCGGCUUCCGUCCAAUGGAAAAAAUUGAGGAAACUGGCCGUCGUCUUGCUAACUAUUGCAAGCGUUUCAAUGUUCCCUUUGAGUUUAAUGCCAUAGCAUCGCGGAACUGGGAAACAAUUCGAGUUGAAGAUCUUAAAAUUGGGAGCAAUGAGGUAGUUGUUGUGAACACUUUGAUGAGGUUUAAGAAUUUACUGGAUGAAAGUAUUGAAGUGAACAGUCCAAGAAACGCGGUUCUGCAAUUGAUCAGGAAGAUAAACCCUGCUAUUUUUACUCAGUCCAUUGUUAAUGGGUCAUAUAAUUCGCCUUUCUUUGCUACACGGUUUAGGGAGGCACUGUUUCAUUUUUCUGCUCAUUUUGAUAUGUUUGACACUGUCAUACCGCGUGAAAACGAACAUAGGAUGAUGAUGGAGAAGGAAAGUCUGGGUAGGGAGGCUAUGAAUGUUGUAGCAUGUGAAGGUUUAGAGAGAGUUGAGAGGCCUGAGACAUACAAACAAUGGCAGGUUAGGAAUACAAGAGCUGGUUUCAAGCAGCUUCCAUUGAAGUCAAAAUUAAUGGACAAAUUUAGGACAAAGUUAAGUCAGUACCAUAAAGAUUUUGUAUUUGAUGAAGACAACAAUUGGAUGCUUCAAGGUUGGAAAGGUCGCAUUUUAUAUGCUUCAACAUGUUGGGUGCCAGCAUAAUCAACUCACAUCAUACUGGACUUAUAGUGUGAGUCUGAUUAUAAGAAUCAUGCAGUUGUAGCUUUUUACUCUAUCUUUCCCCUUUGUUAAAUUUUUGAGUUGUAGUGGUACUAAGGCUAGGAUGAGGUUGUUAACUGAGAUAAUGUUUUGGUAUUUAUGUUGUAAUGGUUAGCUUAUUUUGCUAGCUCUUUAGAAGCUUGUUUGUCUUAAUGUAACAGAAGCUUGUUAUUAUAAGUACCUUUGAGAUAGUAAAA